AUGCACAAUGCUAAGGGUGGCAGCUUCACCUGCUCCCACUGCUCUUGUGUGCUCACUUUUCUUACCCCAUUUGCACCUCCGUUCACCGCUCUGCACCGCUGGCUGAGCACAACAUCCUUGAGAGCUACCCCGCAUUCCCUCCUCACCACUCUGCUCCGCUCUGCGCCCCUGGGUGUGCAGAUGUACGAGGACAAGGAGGGCAGUCUGUUCAACUGCUACCAGCGCGCCCACCAGAACACCCUUGAGAGCCACCCCGCCUUCCCUCCUCACCGCUCUGCUCCGCUCUGCGCCCCUGGGUGUGGAAUGGUGUGGGCCAUCGGCCGCGUCUUCUACUCUCUCGGCUACUACACCGGAAACCCGCGCAACCGCGUGCAGGGCAUGUGGGGCACAUUCGGCCUGCUCGGUCUCCUUGUUAUGGCAGGGGUGUUUGGGGUGCGACAGCUGCUGUGA